AAAAUCGAAAUUGAAUUAUUAAGCAUUCAAACAGGGGCCGAACACUUUAUUUCAUCUGUAUUGUGAUUUUGUAUCCUGGUAUUUCUCUGUUAAUAUUAUUUCCAGAAAUGAAUGACUAAAAUUAGAUGAAAAAACGAUAUUGCCAUUUCACGAUAUUUUGUUGGAUUUGGCGAUUUUGUUUGUCGAUACUUUUCAUGUCUAGUAAAUCUAGGUCAACAUUUCAUUUUUUAAAGGAUGUGAUACAAACAACCAACAUAUAUCGAAUCGGCUCCGCGUAUCAGAUAUUUUCAUUUGUGGAAAAUUCACCAAACUCGUAUACGGUGUCGAGUGGAGACGUAGAAAAAUAAAUGGUGAAAGCACAAUAUAUACACACACAUGAAAUCUGACUCGUUGAAUAUCCGAGCAGUUGGAAGUGAAAAUGUGUAAAAUAAAAUAUUUUUAGAAUAUAAACUUUUGGAGUAUAAAGUUUAUAUAUCCAAUAUUAUGGGAACUAACCCUUUGAUUCAAAAUACUUUCUCAAAAAAAAAACAACUUGAAUCUAUCCUGUAUUUGAUGUUGUAAGGUACACGGAAUCCUCAAAAUGCGAAAAAACCUAAUGAGCAGAUUCGAAUUUUUUUAUUCAUCCAGUUUUCUUUGCCCAAAAUUUGUCAAUAGUGAGAUAGAAUCUGCACAAGUCUCCUCUCACACAGUAUAGAAUUUUGAUACGACAAAUGGAAUAUCAUUCCUGUCCUUUGCUGAGAUGUUUCUCUCAAAUCUAUUGAAGUUGAACUAUUGAGUCAAGUAGAAAUAAAUAUAUGUAAAAAACCUCCUCUCAGCCAAAGAAUAAUACUGAAGUAUUUAAAAAAUUAAGAAUUCAAAACACAUCUUCUAUUGACCUAUGAAAAUUCUGAGCAUUAAAUGAGAAUUAUUUGCAUGAAACAUUUCCUUAACAUUCCAGCUACUGGGAAAGGGUAUAGCUUCGGGACUGCUGGGGUGAAUUAUACACUCUCAUUUUAGAUUUUGGUCCUGAAGCCAAUGUACCUUUCCCCAACAAUUUUGAUACACAGAGAAAUUGAUGAGGAGCACUAAUUGAAAAAGAAAAUUAAAAUCACAUACUUAGUAAGAUAAAAACUUUAAUUCAACAAUAUAAUUCCGUAUUGAGAGAAUACCAGGAUACAAGAAAAAAUUAAAAACACCAACAUAUCAUCUUUAACUAAUAGUUUUAAGUGGAUUCAUUGCUUAGCAAAGAUUAGAGAACCAAUCUUUAGAAAUGGAACAAAAUUCAAAAUUCGAAACUAAUACCUAACCACCACAUGUAGAAUCAGGAUUAUCAGAUAAGGAUGGACAUAUGGAGUAUGGAGGGUACCCUGCAUAGAGGGACAUCUGUAUGGGAAGACUAGAACUAUUGAAAUCUGCAGGAGCUGAGACAACCAACCAGAUGGCUGUCUCUAGCUGAGAGUUUGAAGUAUGAAACUUGAUUAACACCACAUGAAGAAUAUUUACUUGAGAAAAAAUCAAUCAAUUCCACUUAUUUUUCGACACCUAUUCAUAAAAACAUCAACGACUGGAAAUGUGGUCUAUGAAUAUCGCUGUACUGAUAAUGCUUAUUGGCAAUGUUAUUUCGAAAAGUUUCCCAGCUAAGAAUUCAUCUGUUUUGAUUUCCGAAUACGCCAAAGUUGCCCAUUGGGGAUCUGCUAGAAGUAGUCAGGGGCAAAAACCAUGGACUCAACGUUCUGAAGGAAGUAUCACUUAUGGUCAAAACUUGAUGAACCACCUUUCUUAUGACACUUCUAAAGUUCCAGCUGUUGGAGAAGUACAGGAACGUUUCAACCCAAAGCCAUUCUUCGUAUACGGAACUGCUACUAAUCAGAAUGCUCCUGUUAGUUCCAGCUUUGAACCAGUUAAGUUUCCACCAUCUACCAAAUACAAUUCACCAGUUUAUUUGCCGACCGCUUCUCCUAGUGAUAUUCCUCCAGUAUCUUUUGUGUCUACCACAGAAGCAAAACCUCACGAGGACCCUUAUACUUCGCCGUACAGCUCAUAUAACCCUCCUCCAAAGAGCAAUGAAUCAGAUGAUAGUUAUGAACCUGGCCACAACCCAAUGGAUUCAACUCAAGAUGAUGAUUCGUACGCAGUCAACCAGCAUGAAUCAGAAGUGGAUUAUUCAUCACAUGUUGACACGCCGAAGAUGAAGGAUCAACCAGUUGAAGAUGAGAUAAAAUAUAAACCCUUCGAUGAGUAUUCCCAUCAGUCCUACUUUCCGGAGCAAGAUGAUUCAGGUGAUCAACCUGAUCAUCAUGUGAAUUCGGAAGGGUUCAAAGAAGUGCAUUUUCACCACCCUCCUCCUGGUUACAUCGAGGAUGUACCACCAAUGGCUACAACACUUUCUGGACACUUCCCCCACUACUUAUACGACGACGCCAAUUCUGACCAUAAUCACUAUGAUGAAAUUGAGAAACCGAAGGAGCAAAAACGUGUUAGCAAACCUCAGUACAGCUAUUAUUAUAUCGAUAGAAAAUUGUGGUAUAUUCCAUUGUACUUCAGUGUAUACUUCAUAAUUUAUGUCACUUUUCUGAUACUGAAAUCGAUUGCAAGGCACAAGAUCCAGUUCAAACAUGACUUUAUGGAUCACCAUUCCAGGGAAUCGAGAAAGUUUACUGAUUCUAGCGUUGCAGAAGAUCUGCAUGAUAUUCAUCGCAAUGUAACAGCUGCUCUGGAAGAUGGUGAAAAAAGAUUUCCUCUGGUAGUUAUGUAAUAUCUUUUAUAUUAAACCAUUAAAAAUUAAUUCACA